CCGUUGCCGUCUUGAGCCUAGGCUGCAACAGAGAGCAGAGCCGUCGCCGCGUCGACAGGGAGAACGGAGGAGGAGAGAAGUCGGCUCGCGCCACCGCCAUGGCGUCGUCGUCGUCCAAGAUCUCCGACUCCUCCUCCCACCGGGACGGUCCCAAGGGGCUGGGCGUGGACGCCUCCGGCCUGUCAGCACUCCACGGGAAGCUGAAGCAGCUGAAGUGCCAAGCCGAAUUAGUCCGCCUCGCGUCGAUCAAGGACAUGAUGGAGGCAAACAGGAGGGCGCUGCAGAGGCACACGUGCGGGCUAUUCGAUGUGGCCGCAGCGGCGGAGGCCUCAUCGAGGGGUACGGAGGGCGGCAACGUGCUGUCGCAGCGCUCCGCGGAGGGGCAUUCCAGGAUCGUGGGGUGGAACCUGGCCAGUGGGUCGGGUGAGAGGGAGGUGGUGCACGUGCAGGAGGAAAAUCAGUCAGCCGUCGGGACGCUGGCGCUCUCGAGCUCCGGCGGCAGCGCGGUGCAAAGGAUUGUUGUGCGGCUCGUGAAUCUGCCGUUGGUUGAUAAAAUUCCUUCAUACACCACCUGGACCUUUCUGGACAAAAACCAAAGGAUGGCCGACGAUCAAUCAAUUGUUGGUAGGAGGAGAAUUUACUAUGAUUCAGUUGGCAAUGAGGCUUUGAUCUGCAGUGAAAGUGAUGAAGAAAUUCCAGAACCUGGGGAAGAGAAGCAUGUUUUCACAGGAGAAGAAGAUCAGCUAAUAUGGAAAGUUACUCAAGAACAUGGGUCAAGCCAAGAGGUUUUAAGUGCCAUCUGCCAGUUUGUUACUGCUUCUCCUUCUGAAAUUGAGGAUAGAUCUAAAUUUCUUUGUGUGAAAAAUGACAAGUACUCUGGAUUUUCCGAAAAGACAGAGAGCCACCUUGACAAGACUGUAGAUAUGGUUUUGGAUUCUUUUGAUAAUCUCUUCUGCCGCAGAUGUUUGGUUUUUGAUUGCCGUCUCCAUGGCUGCUCUCAGAACUUAGUAUUCCCAAGUGAGAAGCAACCCUGUGGGUUUGAACUCGAUGAGAACAAGACCCCAUGCAGUGACCAAUGCUACCUUCAAAUUGGUGACACAAGACCAGAUUUCAAAAAAUCUGGAGGCAAUCAACUAGAUGAUCCCAAGAGCAAAACUUCUAACAAAAAUAGUGGUGGUGGAAGCCCAACUAGUACUACCGAGGAUGCAGCAAUGGAGAGUAGCAAUAAAGAAUCAGCUGCAAAGAAUUUGCUCAGUUCCAGCAGGGAGGACACUCUUUCUUGUUGGAGUACCCUAGAGAGAGGUUUAUAUUUGAAAGGAGUUGAGAUAUUUGGGAAAAAUAGUUGUCAAAUAGCCAGAAAUACAUUAGCUGGCCUGAAAACAUGCAUGGAAGUGGCUAGCUACAUGUACAACAACGGUGCAGCAAUGGCAAAGAGGCAUCUCCUGGGUAAAUCGAUCUCUGGUGAUUUUGCAGCUGAACAAGAUUACAUGGAGCAAGAAGUGGUUCCAAGAACAAGGAUCUGUCGUCGGAGGGGCCGAAUUCGAAAGAAUAAAUAUACUUCAAAGUCUUCCGGGCAUCCAGCUGUUAGGAAAAGAAUUGGUGAUGGGAAGAAAUGGGAAACACAGUAUACACCAUGUGGUUGCCAGCAAAUGUGUACCAAAGGUUGUCCCUGUAUGGAUAAUGUGACUUGCUGUGAGAAAUACUGUGGGUGUUCAAAAAGCUGCAAAAACAGGUUUAGAGGCUGUCAUUGUGCAAAAAGUCAGUGCAGAAGCAGACAAUGUCCAUGUUUCGCUGCCAGUCGAGAAUGUGAUCCGGAUGUUUGCAGAAACUGCUGGGUGAGCUGUGGAGAUGGAUCACUAGGUGAGCCACCAGCAAGAGGUGAUGGUUAUCAGUGCGAAAACAUGAAACUCCUUUUAAAACAACAACAAAGGAUUUUGCUUGGAAGAUCUGAUGUUGCAGGUUGGGGUGCAUUCACUAAGAACCCUGUGCAAAAGAAUGAUUAUCUUGGAGAAUACACCGGUGAAUUGAUUUCUCAUAAAGAAGCAGACAAGCGAGGCAAAAUUUAUGAUCGAGCAAACUCUUCAUUCCUGUUUGAUUUAAAUGACCAGUAUGUAUUGGAUGCGAAUCGCAAGGGGGACAAAUUAAAGUUUGCGAAUCACUCCUACAACCCCAACUGCUUUGCAAAGGUGAUGAUGGUGGCUGGUGACCAUCGUGUUGGUAUCUAUGCAGGCGAGCGUAUUGAAGCUAGUGAGGAACUCUUCUAUGAUUACCGAUAUGGACCUGACCAAACUCCACACUGGGCAAAGAGACCAGAAGGAUCAAAGAAGGAGGAACCAUCUGGCUCUCACCGCCGAGCACACAAAGUUGCUCGAUAGUUGAAGUGCAGCUGGCAUGAUACAAUCUGCUGCCAGUGCUCUCAUGGCCGAGCACACAAAGUUGCGCAGAUGGGAUGAUACAAUCUGCUGCCAGUUAUACCAUAAUUUAUACAGAUUUUAGUCGCAGUACAUUAUACAAGGAUACCAUUUGUUGGCAUGAUAAAAAAUUAUGUAUUCAUUAGUAAAUGAACUCGCAGGCCAAGCUUGCGAAUGACCAAAGAAUAAGCUUUCGUGGAUUUAGUUAAUAGUAUAAAGUCUGAAUUAUAACAUUACUA